GCUGCCGCUCCGCUGCCGCAGCCGGUGCCGGUGCCCGGAGCGCGGGGCGCGGUGCCCAGGGCCGGUGCCCGGGUCCCGGCGGGGGAGGCCGGCGCGGGGCAUGGGGCGGCGCUGAGCGGGGCCGGGGGCGCCGUGGCCGGUGCCGCCCCCCCGGGCCGCCCAUGAGCAGAGGCGCCGGCCUGCAGCGCCGCACCACCUACCUCAUCUCGCUCACGCUGGUCAAGCUCGAAUCGGUGCCAGGGCCGGUGGUGCCCGGGCCGGUGCCCCGCGAUGGAGCCGCCCUGGAGCGCAGCCCCCCGGCCCCCCGGCUGAGGCCCGACGAGCCGGGCAGGGCCAAGCGGCCCGAGCGCGUCUUCCAGCGCCAGGACGCUCUGUGGGUCAGUGCCGCCGGCCCCGACGCCUUUGCGCCGCUCUCGCCCGGCAGCCCCGUGAGCCUGUGGGCCCCCCCUGAGCCCGACGCCAGCCAUGGGUCCCCGGCUGAAGCUCCCCGUGCGCCCCCGCCGGUGCCGCCCAAGCCCGAUGCCGCCCUGCUGCCGCCGCCCAAGCCGGAACUGCCCCCCAAGCCCGACGUGGCCUGCACGCCCCCUGCGCCACCUGCCGUGCCCCCCAAGCCGGACCCGGGGCUGCCGCCUAAGCCAGACACUGCCGCUGUCCCAGGGCUGCCUGCACUGCCACCCAAGCCAGAUGCUGCCGCUUUUCCAGGGCUGCCUGCGCUGCCACCCAAGCCGGAUGCUGCUGCUAUCCCAGGGCUGCCUGCGCUGCCACCCAAGCCGGACACCGCCACUGUCCCAGCGCUGCCUGUGCUCCCUCCCAAGCCGGAUGCUGCUGCUAUUCCAGCGCUGCUGGCGCUGCCACCCAAGCCAGACACCGCCGGUAUCCCAGGGCUGCCGGUGCUACCACCCAAGCCGGAUGCUGCCGCUGUCCCAGGGCUGCCUGCGCUCCCUCCCAAGCCAGAUGCUGCUGCCAUCCCAGGACUGCCUGCGCUGCCACCCAAGCCGGAGGCUGUCACUGUCCCAGGGCUGCCGGUGCUACCGCCCAAGCCAGACGUCGCCACUGUCCCAGCACUGCCUGUGCUGCCACCACUGCCGCCCCCGAAGCCCGAGGUGGCCCCGCUGCCCCUGGCACCCACCGUGCUCCCCAAACCAGAAGCUGUCCCGGGGGCCAAGGAGACGCUGGAGGUACCUGGUGAGAGGUCCCCGCCGCCGCUCACCAGCACCUGCUCUGCCACGGCCGCGGCUCCUGCUCGCCGCCUGCUGCUGAGCCAUGCCAGCUGGGGGUGCCCGGAGGGGCGGGAGCCCGAGGUGAUGGUGGGCCGUGCCGGAGCCUCGUCCCCGCACCCUGGAGCGGGCGCCCGGCGCCUGCGGCUGGCCAACAAGCCCUUCAAGACAGUGACCACCAGCGGAGCCAAGGUGGGGGGUGAGGGCAAAGCAGGCAAGGGCACGCCCAAGGCCGGCAGCAACCGGCUGUCAUGGCCCGAGAGUGAGGGCAAAGGCCGGGCCAAGGCAGGUGCCAAGGCAGGCGGCGCAGAAGCUGCCCCCCGUGCCACGGCUCGAGCCAAGCUGUCGCCUCGCAAAGGCAAAAGCAAGACCCUGGACAACAGCGACCUGCACCCAGGGCCCGGGGGCUUGGCAGCGCCCAGCCCUGGUGCCCCUGAAGUGGGUGCAGGCCUGAAGCGGGGCCGCGAGGGCGGGAGGGCGUCCACCCGCGACCGUAAGAUGCUCAAGUUCAUCAGCGGCAUCUUUACCAAGAGCCCUGCAUCCACGCCCACCCACCCCGCACCUGGCUGGGGGCUGGGUGGCACUGAGUCGGGCAGGUUGGCAUCGCCCAAGACCUUGGCCAGCAGCCAGGAAUGGACCCUCGGGCGCUCGGUCCCUGAGAUCCGGCUGGGUGUCCUGGGCAGCCCCAAGAGUGGGAGGUCAUCCUUGGUGCAUCGGUUCCUCACUGGCUCCUACCUGGGCCUGGAGCCAGCGGAGAGUGGGCAGUUCAAGAAGGAGGUGGUGGUGGAUGGGCAGAGUCACCUGCUGCUGAUCCGGGAAGAGGCGGAUGCCCCCGAUGCCAAGUUUGCUGGCUGGGUGGACGCGGUGGUUUUCGUCUUCAGCCUGGAGAACGAGAGCAGCUUCCAGGAGGCAGAGCAGCUCUAUGGACUCCUGGCCACCCACCGCAGCCCCGGCGACAUGGCCCUGGCACUCGUGGGCACCCAGGACAAGAUCAGCGCCUCAAACCCGCGGGCUGUGCCCGACUCCCAGGCCCAGACACUCUGCGCUGACAUGAAGCGCUGCCUCUACUACGAGACCUGCGCCACGUACGGCCUCAACGUGGACCGGGUCUUCAUUGAAGUGGCGCAGAAGGCCGUGGCCCUGAAGAAGCAGCAGCAGCUCCUGGCAUCCUGCAAAUCUCUGCCCAGCACCCCCAGCCACUCGGCCGGCUCCACCCCUGUGGGUGGGGUGCACCCGGGGCAGGCCAACAACGGGGGCCACACCAGUGACUACUCGUCCUCGCUGCCCUCCACGCCCAGUGUCAGCCACCGGGAGCUGCGGGGCGAGGCCACGGUUUCGGCCACGGCCACUCUGGGCACACCCAGCUCACUGCACCGGGGCGCCAAGCGCCGCACCAGCCUCUUUGCCAACCGCCGGGGCAGCGACUCGGAGAAGCGGAGCCUGGACAGCCGGGGGGAGGCAGGCAGCGGCCGCGCAAUCCCCAUCAAGCAGAGCUUCCUGCUGAAGCGCAGCGGGAACUCACUGAACAAGGAGUGGAAGAAGAAAUACGUGACGCUGUCGAGCAACGGGCUCCUGCUCUACCACCCCAGCAUCAACGACUACAUUCAUAGCACCCAUGGCAAGGAGAUGGACCUGCUGCGCACCACGGUGAAGGUGCCUGGGAAGCGCCCGCCCCGCGCCAUCUCAGCCUGCGGCCCCUCUGCCAGCAUCAACGGCCUCGUCAAGGAUGUGCCCGUGCCUGAGGGUGCUGCCAGCGCGUCGCCCGCCACGCUGAGCCUCCCACCUGAGCCCAGGGGCGGGGGAAAGGACCGGACCCUGCAGCGCUGCCACUCGGCCACCAACCCCAAGACAGGCAGCCUGGAGGGUGUUGAGGGGGUGCUGAGCCCCGGGGGCGGCUCCCGGGACCCCCUGCCCUCGCCCAUGGUCGACCGGAAGAAGCACCGGCGCAAGAAGCUGACGACACAGUCCAAGACCGAGGGGGCGGCUGGGCAGGCUGAAGCCAAGCGCAAAAUGUGGAAGCUCAAAACCUUUGGUAGCUUAAGAAAUAUUUAUAAGACAGCAGAGGAGGAGAACUUCGAGUUCCUCAUCGUGUCCAGCACGGGGCAGACGUGGCACUUCGAGGCCGGCAGCUUUGAGGAGCGGGACGCCUGGGUGCAGGCCAUCGAAAGCCAGAUCCUGGCCAGCCUGCAGUGCUGCGAGAGCAGCAAGAACAAGGCCCGGAUGGACAGCCAGAGCGAGGCCGUGGCCAUCCAGGCCAUUCGCAACACCAAGGGCAACUCCCAGUGCGUGGACUGCGGGGCCCCCAACCCGACGUGGGCCAGCCUGAACCUAGGGGCCCUGAUCUGCAUCGAGUGCUCGGGCAUCCACCGCAACCUGGGCACGCACGUGUCGCGUGUGCGCUCGCUGGACCUGGAUGACUGGCCCUCGGAGCUGACGUUGGUGCUCACCACCAUCGGCAAUGCCACGGCCAACGGCAUCUGGGAGGCACGGCCCCAGGGGCGCCGCAAGCCCACACCCGAUGCCUCCCGGGAGGAGCGGGAGGCGUGGAUCCGCGCCAAGUACGAGCAGCGCCUGUUUGUGGCGCCGUUGCCGGAGCCCACAGCCCCACUGGCCCCGCGGCUGCUGCAGGCGGCACAGGAGCAGGACGUGGGCACUGUGCUGCUGCUCCUGGCCCACAGCACCCGCGAGCUCGUCACCGCGGGCACCGGCGACCCCGACCGGCGCUCGGCCCUGCACGUGGCCUGCGACCUCGCCCACGUCGUCAUCACCCAACUCCUCGUCUGGUACGGCGCAGACGUGACGGCGCGGGAUGGGCUGGGGCGCACGGCACUGUACUAUGCCCGGCGCGCCGGCAGCCAGGAGUGCGCUGACAUCCUGCUGCAGCACGGCUGCCCCGGCGAGGGCCCCGGCCCCGCUGCCGCAGCCCCUGGGCCUCCCGCCGUGGCCCACGGCCCCGCUGCCACACCCGGCGUGCGGCGCAAGAGCAGCUCGGCCAGCAUGGGACGCUGUGACCUACGGACUGCCCUGGUAUAGCCCCCAACCUGCCCCGUCAUGGGGGCCGCGUGGCCUGGCAUAGGGCAGCUCUGCUCUCUGCUGGCUGGGGGGGCCGGUGCCCCCCCCCCCACUCCCCUCCCACCCCCGGGCGACGUGGAUGGUUUGUAUUUUUGAUGCUCUAUUUAUUAUUCGCCCGUUGUCCUCAGCAAUGCCAGACCCUGCCCCGUUUUCUGCCUGCCCCCCUGCACCAGCGACUUUCCCCAAUCCCUGCCCCCCUGCCACCACCCCCAGCUUCAUGGUAGCCUGGGCUGGAUGCCCAGACUCCUGGGUUCUAGCCUUGGCCCGGGAAGGCAGCGGUGGCCAGUGGGUAGAGAGUGCGUGUGCAUAUGUGUGUGUGCGUAUGUGUGGGCAGGGAGGGGCAGGCCCAGGACUCCUGGGGUCUCUGCCACUACCCCCCCCCACCUGGCUGCCAGCCUGGCUGGAGGUUUGAGGGCCCCUGGGCACGGGCUCAGCCCCCCCAGAGCAGCUGGGAGCCCGGACGCCUGGGAUCUCUGCUACUGCCACUCCUUGCUCCAUACCCCAGACCCCUCUGCCAGCCGGGGGGGGAAGAGGGGGCCACACGGUGCCCAAGGGGCACAGACGGGCAUCGGGGACCCCUCACUCACCCCACCCCGGGGCAGCAUCCGCCCGGAGCAGAGCGAGCCCCGGGUUUUAACCAUCCCCUUUUCUAGACGGACCCUUUUGUACAGACCCCUCCCUGCCCCGCUCCUCCCCCCACCCCCGUGGGACCCUGUUUUAAUUUAUUGCUUCGUUUAGGAUUAGGAUAGAGCCAGAUUCUCUCUCUCUCUCUCUUUCUCUCUCUCGCGGUGCCCUGGGGCCGUGGCAGGCUGUGCCCUGGCCCCGUGGCCCCAGGGCUUGUGGCUCCGUGCUGUGCGGUGUGUGGAGGCCGCAGACGUGGCCCUUGUUGUGAGUGAUGUGGUCUCAGGCUUUAUUUCAAUCUGUGAUCAGGGUAAUUCCCCCUCCCCUCCCCCCACCCCUGCCAGGGGGUGUCCAUGGGGCAUCGUGGCUGGCACCCCCCAACCCCCCUGCCCUGCUGCCUUUGCUCCCGCCGCUCUGGAGGCUCGGGGGGCACAGUGGCCAGUGGCCCCCUUCCCCCUCCAUUCUUCCAAGCCGCCGGGCUGAUGAGCUCAUGAAUGUAUCCGCGACCGUGUUGCACACAAGCACCCGCCCAAGCACCAGGCGCGGGCUGUGGCCCAGCCCACGGGAGGGCACCGUGCCCCCCGCCAGAGCCGGGAGGGGGCUGCCGUGGCCUAGGCAGCGGAUCAGGGAGUGGAGGGGAGGAUGUGGCCUCUGCCGUGGGAUGCUGCCCCCCACCCCAGUGUGGAGGGGUGGGCCAGGGAGGGGGCGGGGGUGGGGGGGGACAUCCAGCCACCAGUGCCCACCGUGGCCAUGUACAGCAUUUGAACCUCUUGGAUUGUAACUGUAAGUACGUAAUGUCUGA